AUGGCAAUUGAUUAUUCGAAAUGGGAUAAAAUCGAAUUAUCAGAUGAUUCUGAUGUCGAAGUUCAUCCAAAUGUCGAUAAAAAAUCAUUUAUUAAGUGGAAACAACAAAGUAUUCAUGAAAAGAGGGACAAAAGAAAUCAGGAUAUAAAAAAUUUAGAAACACAGGUUUCUAUGUAUGCUGCAUUGAAUAAAAGGGUUGAUAAAUUGUUAUCUAAUGUAUCUACCGAAGAUUUAACAGAACGUGCCAAAAUAUCAAAGUAUUUAAAUGCAAAUUUUGAUAAAACUGAGAAACAGGUUGGGGAAGCCGUUGACCCAAAUAUACCUACAUACAAUGAAAUGGUGGAAGAUCUCUUUGAGCAAUUGGAAAAUGAUGCUAAGAAAGAGGGUAAAGAUCCAAAAGAUGGUGAAGUAAUUAAAAGUUUAUGUUUAAAACACAGAGCAAAAAUUGACAGUGUUACAGUUGAAGCUAAUGAGAAGCUAAAAGAAUUAUAUAUUGAAAAAUCGAAACUAAUUUCCUCGGAGGAUAUGCACACUGGUUUUAACUCUAGUUUUCUGAAUAAAAGUAAAGGUAAUGAUGGUAAAGAUGAAGUUUCAGAAAAACUAAAUGCUAUUGCAGAUAAGAAUGCCGUAUCUUCAUCAGCUGUGGAGAAAUUACCAAUUUUAAAGCCACAAUUAGAAUUUAUUGAUUACAAAGAUGAUGUAAUGAAACUAGCACCCGAAACCGAAAAAUUUGGAAGGAUGUCAGCAGGUGGUUACAAAGCAUCAGAAGAAUACUUGUUGAAACAUAUGCCUAUAAUUUCUGAACAACAAAAAGAUGCAUUGAUCAUGAAAGCAUUUGAUUAUUUAUCAGAAGAUAAUGAAAAGAUGGCUUAUCAAGUUGUUCAUCAAUCUGAAUUAUUGUCAUAUCUUCGUGAAAUUUAUAAUUUGAAAAAAAUUCCAUUUCUUAAUAUUGAUGAGAUGAAGAGCUGCAUAGAAAUGUUCUUCAAGAGAGUAAUAUAUAAUACACAAAAUGCACAAGGUAGAAAUUCUUUCUUAGAAUCGGUUAAAACCAAAUUUGAACAUAUUAAAAAUAGAGUUCAAAUCAUGAACGAAGAACAAAUUCAAGAGGGCGAAGGUGUUGAAACGAUCCAAUUAAAGUCAUUAGAUGAUUCCACUGAACUUGAAAUCAAUUUACCAGACUUCAAUUCUACUGAUCCAGAAGAGAUAAGAAGAGUGGAAGUAUUUAACAAGUUACCUGUUAAUAUGCAAGAUGCUAUAAAGACUAAAAACUUAGAUAAGAUUAAUGACGUACUUAGUGAAACUCCUAUUGACGUAGCAGAAUCAUACUUAGACUUAUUCAAUGAAGCCGAUAUUAUUGGUGUCAGGGCAUUACUAGAAAACGAAGAUGAAUUUAAACAUUUAAAAGAUGAAUAUAACAAAAAUCAAGAUGAUUUGGAGCACUUGUCUAUUGAUGAAAAGUCCACCAAAAAUAAUGAACCCGUAAGCACAGCAGAUCUUGUUGACUGA